UGCAAAAAAAAUAUUUUUCUGUGCUCUCUCAGUUCCCCCAUUUUGCAACAAAAUUGUCUUUUGACCUGGUUUAAGUUUUAUGAUUCCACUCUGUUGAUGAUCAGCUCACAGUCAAAGCCACGCCUCCACAUUAAGGAACAUGAUAUUGCCGUGUUGCAGCUUUAAAAGGCUGACUCACUUCCUCUUGGUUAGACGCACUUUUACAACCCUUCCAGCAUAUUUUUCCAGGGAAUUCACUCAACUCUGAGCAGUACAUGGAAAUGGAGGAUCAGAUGGAAAGCCAGAAGAGGAGAGGAGUGAGCAAAGACACGCUGAUAUCUGAAGGGCCGGUCGGAUCUCUGGGAUGCUGCGGCUGGGUGCUGGUCAUCCUCUCAGGGCUUUUUGUUUUUUUGACCUUCCCAAUAACAAUCUGGGCUUGCUUUAAGAUUGUUCAGGAGUACGAGCGGGCCGUCAUCUUCAGGCUGGGCCGGAUCACGGACCGAAAGGCAAAAGGACCAGGAAUUUUCUUCAUUUUGCCAUGCACCGAUUCUAUUGUGAAAGUGGAUCUGAGAACUGUGUCAUUUGACAUCCCGCCACAAGAGAUUCUCACUAAGGAUUCAGUCACUGUGAGUGUGGACGGUGUUGUGUACUUCAGAGUAAGCGACCCCAUCGCCUCUGUGGCCAACGUGACUAACGCUGACUUCUCCACUCGGCUGCUGGCACAAACCACCCUCAGAAACGUUCUUGGCACCAAGAACCUGGCAGAGGUCUUGUCUGAUCGGGAGGGCAUCGCCCACAGCAUGCAGGUAAAGAAGCUGAAAGGGCUCUUAAGUUGACUUUUGUUCCCUCCUUCCUGAUUCACAUACGACCAAUGUGCUUGCUAAAGACCUGGAAAAGUUAUGAAGCUCACCCCAAGGGUAAUUAUUAUUGUUUAUGUAU